AUGUAUGGAAACCGACAGUUAGCAUACGCGCCAACGCCAUAUAUCCCGCGGUCUACACUGUCCGCGACCAUUAAUCUCGACGAGGAAGUCAAGCUGUCCACGACGAGCGCCGAACGGGAUCUCUACGACUCGCUCGCAGAAAUCUACAGCAUCAUAAUCACUCUCGAUGCGCUGGAAAAGGCGUACCUCAAAGACUCGAUUCACGAAGCCGACUACACGGAGACAUGCAGCAGGCUACUGAAGCAAUACAAGUCGAACCUCACCGAUGAGACGGUCGCGCGAGCAUUCGGCGAUCUGGAGACUUUCAAGCGGGAAUGGGAUAUGGAAUGUCCUCGAGCCACCGAACGUCUACGCGUUGGCAUACCCGCAACAGUCGAACAAGGCCCUUCACAUAAGCCUGCUCAGCAAGGCGACUCAGCAGAUGCGACCCUCGUCGUUAAUGCAACCGAGAACUUUAUCACGCUCCUCGAUGCCAUCAAGAUCGGUCUUAUCGAAAAGGAUACGCUGCACCCGCUCCUGGUCGAGAUCAUUCAAGCUGUGAACAAAGUUACGGAUAAAGACUUCGAGAGCAAGGGAAAGAUUGUGCAAUGGCUAAUCACACUCAACCAGAUGAGGGCCGCAGAGAAGCUAAAUGAUGACCAAGCCCGGGAAUGGACCGCGGUGCCGAACGCCGUACAGGUCAGUCCAGAAGGUGUGACCCAGUACCUCACGAGCAUCGUGAGCAGUAGUCUACGAUGGAUACAAGACGAAGAGGCCAAAGAACAGAUAUGGAAUCAAGCCAGCGCUCGACUGAGCGAAAGAUCCGGGCGCACCGCUAUGGGUGCUAUCUCUCGGAAAUUUGACAUACCCGCCGCAAAUGGUUCAUUCGAACUCAGUAUCCAUGAACCUGCCCUCACCGGCGACGAUCUGGGCCUCAAAACCUGGGCUGCUUCCUAUCUUCUAGCUAAGCGACUACAUACUUUUGACUUCCUGAUGCCGCAUCACCAACAUAGACCCCGAGUACUGGAGCUUGGGUCUGGUACCGGCUUGGUGGGUUUGGCGAUGGCUGGUCUAGGCGCGGAUGUUAUCCUCACCGACUUGCCCAGCAUCUAUUCAAAUCUUACGCAUAAUGCUCAAAGGAACGCUAAGAUUGUGGAGCUAAACCAUGGAUCUACUCGCACCGGAAUUCUAGACUGGAAUAAACCCGCUUCGUGCAUGUUGCCCAAGGAUGCAACCAGCGCUGGCGGCGAUGCUGAGGCACUCCGUACUAGAUUCCGAUAUAUCUUAGCCGCAGACUCGCUCUACUCUUCAGAGCACCCGCGCAUGCUCGUGGAUACCAUCGACGCGUGGCUUUCCGAAGGGGAGGAAGAAAGAGUCAUCGUUGAGUUCCCGUACAGAGACGCAUAUCUGCCGGAGAUAAGAGACUUUCGAGAGCGGAUGGCGAAGAUUGGGCUGCAUAUUUUAGAGGAAGGUGAAGAGAAGGGCUACGAUGAUUGGGGUUGGACCGGCGUAGACGCAGAAAGAGGCGAUAAUGCUCUGGUGACUUGUUGGUGGUCAUGCUGGGGGAGGAAACCUCAAAAGGCUGAAUAG